AUGCCUGAAGAUAUUAGCAUUGAUGUGGAUGUUCACAUCCAAGCGUUCAUCACCGAUUUAUCGAUAGCCCACUCUGAUCUGGAAAUAUGGAGUGUUCUUAGUCCAAAUGCACCAAACAAUGCCAGCGAGGUUGCUAUCACAACUGAGUUUGCCCUCCUCCUCCAGAGAUUCAAUGUGCCGCGCUGCUACGACGUGGGUAUUCGCUCGUUUAUUGCCUCAGGAGCGCAGUUCACGGUGAACAAGGAGGUGGUCACAUUUGAAGCUACCCUUGGAGAGCAGCACGACGUGGUUUCGAAAGUGCCCAAGUUUUUUCUUGAUCCAAAUGAAAAACUCAGCCUGUCUAAUACGGCUGUGCGACGACAUGUGCGCGACCUGAUUACUGAGCUUUCGGUGCUAUGCCAUCCCAAGCUCAGGAAUCACCCAAACAUUGUCCACUUGAUGGGCUGGGGACUUGACACCAGCAUCUGGCACCAGCCCCCUUUUCUUGCUCUCGAAGCUGCGGAUGGUGAUCUCGAGAGCAUCUUGAGGACACAGCCCGAUUUGUCAAUGACCGACCGGCAGUCCAUCCUACUUGACGUCGCCAACGGUCUAGAUGCGAUGCAUGAAGUUGGAUUUGUGCAUGGGGACUUGAAACCGUCAAACAUCCUCAUCUUCUAUCCAGGCGGGAAGUGUAGAGGAAAACUAGCCGAUUUUGGUGGCGGGGGCGACCUUUCUCAAGAUGAGAUCAUUCGAGGAAGAGGAACCGUUGGCUGGCGUGCGCCAGAAUUAAGACGCUUCCACGACCACGGUGAGGCACUGGACCGGGCUUUUGUCAGUGCGGUUGAUGUUUAUUCGUACGGUCUACUCAUUUGGAGUCUGCUAUGUAAUUUACCCGGACCCCCUUCUGGCGGAGAAAGUCAUGACGCCGUCUCCGUAGCGCUAGCCAACUUUGAGGAGUGUCACCAAGUUAUUCCUGAGAGCCUACUUCACAAAACCAAACAUGUGAUACUCAAACUACUUGAUCAGGAUCCAACAAGGCGUGUGACAACCCUCCAAGGUUGGAUGGGCGAUGGCGACUCUGAGGAGGUGGACAUAAGUGAUCUUGACUUUGAUCAAUAUGUAGAACUUGGGCCAGAGUUCUUCAGCCGUCGCUUUGACUGGGAGUUCCCAGAUAUAAAACCAUUUCUGAGUGACCCAGAUCUCUUAACUCCCGAAUUGGCAUUCGCGGCCUUUCUAAGUCAUGAAGAAUUUAGACUUGGUAGAUUCGGCGAAAUAUCUCGGGCGGUUCAUGACCCACAGCAAAAAGAUAAGAUUCUGGCACUCCUCGACAGGGCCGCUCGAGAAGGUGUACAGCCAGCACAAGCUAUUAUAUUUCGGAUCCACGAGUAUUUCCAGAAGAAAAUUGACCCGGAUCUUGAAUGUAACCGGAGAAAAUGGCUCUCUGAUUCAAUCCACACGGGUGCUUUGUUCCUAACCAGUGAGGUUCAGGCAAUCGACCCGGUUCUAUUCAACACCUCAGUCCGUUCGUUCCGAGAAUCAGGGGGGUAUAACUCGUACUACAGCCAGCUUGAUCCAGAUACUCUGGCCAAACAAGUUGAAGGCUAUAGAACUUCGGGUAUUUCACCGUACAAACCUCUAAAUCCAAGGGGAGAUUGUAUCAUUCAUGUGCUGGCAUCUUCUGCAAGUCCAAAAGCAACCCUGGCACUCAAGGAUAUUCUUACGCCAGGUUAUGUAAACAUAUCGAAUAAUCUGAGAGAAACACCUCUAUAUCGAGCAUGUCUUUGUGGAUCCUCAGAGACAGUCUUAUUCCUCUUGUCCCUGGGAGCUGAUGCAUCUAUACAUCCAGACUCGGAUGGGCCAACGUGUCUCCAUUGGUUAUCUGUAUUUGAACCAUUGGAUAUUCCCAAGAUUGCAGAGGGUUUGAUUAGCCGUGGUGCUAACAUCAAUUCUUUGUGCACGCAGCGCAUCAAAAUGUUUCAUUACCCUUUUGUGUUGCCAGUGGGUACACCUUUGCAUUGGGCGGUCCAGUUCUCUUGCGCAGAGGCUGUCAAAACUCUUCUCGCAAACGGAGCUUCGCCAUACGUCCGCGAUCGAUUACGACCUCUUCCUGGCCGCAAUAGAAACGACGACAACGAAGAUGACACAAACGAGCCUAUAACUAAUCAUACAGGGGCAAGUUCCAUCGACAUCGCCGUCUGGGAUUGGAACCACGCGAUUCUUGAUCUCCUGUUAGCCAGUCAAUCCUCCGUGCGUGUCAAUGACACAGAUGAUAGGGGCUAUGGCCCGAUGCACAAACUUCACGUCAAGGAAUGGUACCGUAUCAGCGAAACAACUUACUUCAAUGACAGAUUUAUGCGUGGUACCCAUGCAGCUCAAAUGAAAUCCAUCCGCGAGACUAUCGGCGUCCUUCUCAGCCAUGGAUUUGAUAUCAACAGACUGUCCGCUCCGGGAAGCUCGAGCAGAAUCUGCUGUAGUCCCUUGAUUUUUGCCAUCAGAGGAUGCGAUAUUGACGUAGUACAGUGCUUACUAGACGAAAGGGCGGACAUUGAAGUUCCUGACUCCGAGGGCCGGACCCCUAUAAUGUCAAUAGGAGAGGUGUACAUCUCACAGGAUCGGUUGCGGGUUCUAGGGUUACUCCUGCCCUUGAAGCCCUGUAUCAAUGUUCGUGAUAAACAUGGAGAUACCGCAGUCAUUCAUGCGGCGGGAUUAGGCCAAGUGGAUCUUGUCGAUACGCUCCUCGACCAUGGUGCCAAUGCCUUGGACAGGAUAGAGCAUCCCGGCGGGAAACCUGCUAACGCUCACAAAUUACCGGAUUACUGUCGGACAGUUUUUGCGCUUCUCGCAUCUCCUUGGAUGCAUGAAAUGGACACUGUUGACCGGAAAAUAGCAGCUAUGCUGCGCAAGCACAUCCUGCCACUUUUGAGAACCGGCAUUGCGAAAGAAGCGCGCAAUAUCCCUUUAGCAGGCCAUGCAAUUGACCGAGCGGAUUUGGCGGGUGGGACAUUGUUGCAUUAUAUGGCUGGUGGCGGCCUUUUCGAAAGCUGCACGGUCCUGUUGAUGGCGGGAGCGGAUGUGAAUGCAAUUCGCAUUAUUAAGAAUGUCAGUGAUAACGGCCAAAACAACAGUCGUCAAACACCACUUGACAAGAUAGCAGAAAGCACCGGGAACCUCAAGAAGUACUCAGCACAAUUUUAUUCCAAGCCAGGUAAGUUUAAUAUCAAACUCCCAAUGCAUGGAACUUAA